GGGAGGUGGAGACUAUCAGUAUUCAGGAGCAUACUUAUAACUUGUAGUUGUAUACAGUUUAUAUGCAAUUGUAUAAAUGUUAUAUACAUAGACUCGGGGAUAGUUAACAUAUACAGACAUGAUGAGUGAGCACUAAACCCUAGUAGGCAAUGACAGACAUCCUAUACUAGCAUCCUUGUCUAGCUCUAUAACCACAAUAUAUAUUAUGUAUACCCCUCAUUCCAUCCAUCCAGAGUCCAACAUCCAACAUUCAACAAUCCAAGAAUACAAGCACAAUGUCAUUCCAACCAUACCUUCUCUCCCCCCUCGACCAUGCCAUCCCCCCAUCCAACAUGGCCUUUUUCUUCGCCUUCCAUUUAGAUAACCCACCAUCAGCAAUCCCAAUACUAGACACCGCCAUCUCAUACGUCAUCGCUAAACUCCCCUUCCUGACAGGCGACGUAGCCAUCGCCACUGUCAAAGAUAAGAUCAACAUCCGCCAGGUCCAACCAUCUCCCUCACCCUCCAUCCCCAUGUUUCAAGCGAGACAUCAUCCGGGAUUAUGUCUUGAGCAGAAUACUCCCCAGAGUGUCUCCUUUGACGAUGUCUUCAAUGAUAGCUACGCACCCGUUCCGUUUGAUAUCCUACCAUCGGAGGCGCAUCCGGUUAUCCGGUUUCAGGCGAAUAUACUAGAUGAUGGGAUAUUGUUUUGUGUGUACUUUCAUCACACAGCGAUGGAUGCGGUGGGUGUGUUUACUGUGAUGGAAAUGGUGGCGGGGUUUUGUCGAUCUGAAAUGUCGGUUGAUAUAAAGACUACUCUGGGGAUUCAGGCGCAAGUCCGGGAGCGGUUGAAUGAGAAAAUAUCCCAGUCAGAUGCUGAGACAGACACAAACACUCACGACCAGCCUGGAUGGGCUGGAAUGCAAGGCGAAGGUGCGAGAGUCAUCAGUCGCAAGGUGACGUUUUCUGCGGAGAGAAUUCGACUACUCCAUGAUACUUGUGUUGAACUGUUGUUAGAGAAGGGUAUAUCAGACAUGACACUCUCUCUGAAUAACAUCGUGACGGCGUUGAUCUGGCGGUGCAUAUAUCACGCACGAUUCAGUCAACGAGAUGACAAGAUGUCAACACUGGCCUUUGCAAUGGACAUCCGCCGGAGAAUCCGCCCUCCCAUUCCAUCUGCCUAUAUCGGAAAUGGCUUCAUCGGGACACACACCCAGCCCAUCCCAAUGACCACCACCACCUCAGAGUCUCCCACAAAAGAGGAAAUAGAACUAAUCCUUACCCUGGCCCUCGAAAUUAAAAAAUCCAUCACCGCAGUAGACGACACCCACAUCCGCAGCCUCAUCUCCCAAGUCCAGCAUACACACGACUGGGGCGCGGUGGUAGUCGGCCAGGGCGACGUCACACUGAGCAGUUUGCGAGCGCUUCCAUUCUACGAACUUGAUUUCGGAACAGAACUUGGGAAGAUGAAGAGGUUUGACAUUCCUGAUUCGAGGGUGGAUGGGUUGGUGUGGAUUUUGCCAAGGGUGGAUGAGGAUUGGGAGGUGAGGGUCUGUUUGCAGGAGGAUGCGAUGGGGAGAUUCUUUGAGGAUGAAUUGGUGAGGUGGUUGGAUGGAUGAUUUUAUUCUUAUUUUAUUCUUGAUGAUGGUGUCUUUUUAUCUUGUUUCUAUGUUUUGAUGAUUGGGCUAUUCAUCAGGCUGCGGUGUAGA